GUUGACAGUACGUGAAGCUACAGUGGACCAGCUGCUGGUCUGGAUGACAAAUGAAAGGUUAUUAUAUAUAUACACCAGACUUUUAACAUCGGUGUCAACACUUCUAAUUCUGGACUAUAUAUCGACAUAUGAAGGUGCCCUGUAAGUGUAAGCAGAGCACACAUGGCUAUGUGUUUGUUACUGAAGGCUUUCCACAGGCUCACAGCUCUGUCAGCAGUCAGGAGGACUCGGCUCUGUCAUCCGCCUGCCUGUGUUUUAUCCAGGGCCAUGGUGGCACUGCCAUCAGUCCUGUUCCCUAAGCGCAGCGACCUCAGUCUACCUAAUUCCUCUUGGGGCUCAGAAAUGAUGCGGCUGUAUGAACAUUACAACGGCCAGUGUGAGGUGGAGACGCAAGGUGGACAGAAACAAAGAGGUCUUUGGAGGAGACUACCCAGUUAUAAUCGCUCACUCAAGUAUGCAACAGGUGGAGCAUAUCUUAGUAAGAUAAUCCAGUCUAAAGCUCGUUUUUUUACCCGGCACAUUAGAGACCCAGGGGCGGGAUUUGAGUAUGUCCUGUUUUCUAACAAGGAGGAGAAAAAGUGUGUGUGUAUUUUCCAGGCUGGACACCUUCUGGAGGGGUUUCCAGGACAUGUCCAUGGGGGGGCGAUAGCCACCAUGAUAGAUACUGUGACAGGAGUUCACGCCUCUCUAAUUGCUGUGCCUGUUAUGACUGCCAACCUCAACAUCAACUACCGCAGUCCCAUCCUGCUUGGAAGUACAGUUUUGAUCGAAUCCUCUCUGGAUACGAAGGAAGGCAGGAAAAUACAUACUUCCUGUAAAGUGACCAGCUCUGACGGCUCCAAACUGCACACAGAAGCAACAGCAUUGUUCCUGUCAAUCAGUGUCGGCCACCUAUUAAAGGGACAAUGACACAAACUCACCCUUCUAACAGCAGCCCGAGGCUUGCCAGUAGCUGAGUUGUGAGUUGUGAGUGUGAGUGUGUGACUGAAACAAUGUGUGGAGAGCAGUGACCAUUCAGAUUAUUUUAUUGUAAUCACAUAUGAGAUUACAAACUAUUUAAUGAACUACCUGUAGUUUUUACUAACAUAGCUAAUGUAUGUUACCGAAGCAAAUAUAAACAGUAUUUUACUAAAACUUGAAACGUUACUUGUAACAUCAUCAUCAUCAUGUAUUGUGCAGUAAUAUUUUGUUUAUUUAAAUAAA